AUGGGUUUGCUAUCGCUUGGAACGCCCUUGGACUGGCACGAGCUGAAGAAACAUAACGAGCAUGUUCGUGAUAACGGUAUCGAGCAGCUUAUUAACAUUUUUCGCCAGCAUUCUACGAGGCUGAAGGACCAUUUUUACUGGGGCGAUGAAGUUGAAUAUAUGUUGGUGGAUAUCGAUGCCUCCAAGAAGACUGCCCGUUUGUCCAUUGAUAAAGACCAUAUUCUUGACGACUUGAACGAUCCAGAGAAACCUGAAAUUUCAGGCAAGGCAGUGGACAAUAACGUAUCGUUCCAUCCGGAGUACGGUAGAUACAUGAUUGAAGCCACACCUCUUAGACCAUACGACGGUACUUCCCUUGAGGAUUAUGUAUAUGUUGAGGAGAACAUGGUGAAAAGGCGAGAGGUUUCCCAGUCGGAGCUUCCCCUGAACAUUAUUCCAUUGACCUUGACUACUUAUCCUCGCAUGGGAUGUGGUGAGUUUACCUCACCCAAGGCGAAACCUAUUGGCCCAGCUUCCCAGUCGCUCUUCUUACCUGACGAAAUAAUAAAUAGACAUGUCAGGUUUCCUACGCUUACAGCAAAUAUCAGGAAGAGAAGAGGCCACAAGGUUGCUAUUAAUUUGCCAAUUUAUCCAGACAUUCAUACAAAGCUCAUCGACGAUAGCAUUCCUAAGCGUGACUUGUUUCCAUCGGAUGAAGAGCCUUUCAUUGGUGCUUCUCAGCCUGGACAUGUGUACAUGGACUCUAUGGGAUUCGGUAUGGGCUCAUCCUGUCUUCAGAUAACGGUGCAGCCAUCAGACAUUCACCAAGCGAGGUACUUGUAUGACGCUUUGGCACCACUCACACCAAUCCUCAUGGCUGUAUCGGCCGCUGCUCCUAUCUUCAAAGGAUUUUUAGUUAACCAGGAUGUUCGCUGGAAUGUCAUCAGCGGGGCUGUUGACGAUAGAACAUUCUUGGAGCGUGACAUUAAACCUUACAAAGGAUCUGACUUCUUUGGUGGAUUGGAUGUUACCAGCGAAGUUAAAGAGCACUUUGAGAAGCUUGGAGGUGGCCCAGGUGUAAAUGGUGAUCACAUAAUUAACAAGUAUGGUGACACCACCAUCAAAACACUCGAUGGUAAGCCUAUACAGAAGGUUCCAAAGUCAAGAUACGAGUCGAUCGAUACAUACUUGGGAGACCAUGGCUACCACGACGAGCCAUACUUCAAUAAUUCCUACAACGACAUUUACUCGCCAGUGAACAAGAAGGUUUACGACAAGCUCGCAUCGACAAAGUACUUUGACCCACUCUUGGCUCAUCACUUUGCUCAUCUUUUUAUUAGAGAUCCUCUCGUUAUUUUCAGCGAGAGAGUCAAUCAGGACAACACGCUAGACAAUGAUCACUUCGAGAACCUUCAAUCCACAAACUGGCAGACAUUGAGAUUCAAGCCACCGGCUUUAUAUCCGGAAGCCGAGAAUCUUUCUCAGAAGCCUGGUUGGAGAGUUGAGUUCAGACCACUCGAGAUUCAGCUUACAGAUUUUGAGAACGCUGCCUUCUCCGUUUUCACCACGUUGGUCAGCAAGGCUAUUCUCAAGUUCAACCCUAAUUUCUACACUCCAAUUUCGAAGGUUGAUAAGAACAUGAAGAUUGCUCAUGGAGUUGAUGCUUCGACAGAUGCCAAGUUUUGGUUCAGGAAUCCAUCCAAGUGGCGUCUUAACAACGAGGACUUCAAGGGGUACGACCUCACAUGGUUUGACCGUUUUGUCAAUGAUGGGAACGAUCUUUUUGAUGAUAAUGGAGUUUACCUCAAUGGCUACGUUGAAGUGAACAAUGACGUGAGUGAAAACGGCACCAUCGAGGAUGAUGCUUGUAAUGACGUGAAACUUAGUGCUCUGGAGCUCAUAGACGGUCUGGACACCUUCCCAGGUCUCAUCAAGCUUGUGGUGAAAUUGAUAGCCACUGAUCUUAUCCCUGCCAAUUGGCAGAACAAGAGCCACCAUUGCAAGAGCCGGCAGUUUGCAAAAGAAUUAGAACUCAUCAGAAACUACUUGAAACUCAUCAGCGGCAGGGCUUCUGGAAAGAUCCCUACCAUUGCACGUUUCCUCAGGAACUUCGUCUUGAGGCAUCCUGACUACAAGCAUGACUCCAAGGUCAACGAGAGAAUUAAUUAUGACUUGGUGCAAGCCAGUGUGGCAAUCACCAAUCUCGACUUCAAGAACCAUAGACCACUUCUUGAGGAAUACUUUGGAGAGGAGGUCGCAGGCUACUUGUCGUCCCGUGGUACCCAGUAG